AUGCCUGUCACAAGCGUAGCAGAGCGGCUCUCGCAGAAAUUCAUGAAGGUGUGGGCCCAGGAGCCCCAGUUACCGGAGCCGGAUGCCCUACCGCCAGCCGGAAAAUCCACCAAUUGCCAUGCACCAGGCUGGAACCGCGAGGUGCGCCGGACUGUUGGUUCAGUGCAUCUGGCGGAGCACCGAUCUCGCGCUGAACAUCUCACAGAAAGGCAGGUCUAUGGUGGGCCACGGCAGCCGUGGAAGGCUAUCCAGUCGCAGGAGUUAGCGAGGGAAGAGCUCCUGGGCCCAAGUGAUGAGACGCUCCGGUUUCUGCGGCUAUUCCUUUCUCGUGCUCGCGGUGGAGGGGCUCAUAGGAUGCCCCCGCUGCUCCGAGACAUGAAGAAAGCGGCCGACAGGCAGGAUUUUGUUGGAGUGAAUCCGUGUUCCCGGUUCUUCCACUUGACUUACGUUCCCAAGGGCCUUUGUCGCUGCUUUUACGAGUGCGAGAAGCUCUUUUGGCACCUGUCGAAGGGCGACGUACUGCCGAUGGAUCAUUUGGCGGCCUUGAUGCGUGGUGAUCUGGAGCCUCAUCGAGAAGCGAUUGUGGAGGAGGUGUGGAACUCCUUAGAUCCAGAAGGACAUGGCUUCAUUGAGGUUCCUGACCUUCUCCGGCGCUUCGACGUGCGGCGCUUGCCGGACGUGCGCUUUGGACGGGAGGAGGUCCAGGAAGCUCAGCUGAAGCUCCUUGAGGGCUUGGGAGUUCAUGUGGACAGGACUCACCGUACCCACCUCCGCAGGGCUGCAGGUGUGCCUUGCCGAAGGACCAAUGAAGAGCCGCCGCAGAGGGCGGUUGCUUCGGUUGAGGAACAGAUUGUAUCCUGGGACGCGUGGAAGGCAUACUUCACCACGCUCUCUGUGGGUAUCAUGGAUGAAGAGGUCUUCGAAAAGACUCUGCGGGAGCCGUUAAGGACCUACCAGGUUCACGGGCAUUUGCAAGCACAGCGCCUCAUCACGCAGCCUGUGGCGCGAUCGAAUCACUGCAAUUUGCGAGUGUUGGGCACCUUUGAAGAUGGCUCCCGGAAGUUGCUGACGUUGCGCGAUGACUCGGGCUUGGAACACCUGGCCGAGCGCGCUGGUUGUGGCGAUGGACAAUUCUGGACCUGGGGUCCCAACGUGAAGCAGGAGAUCUUGCAACGCCUGCAGGCCGAAGGGUACCACAACUUGCGAACUGUGACCCUGAGACCAAUGUGA